AUGGACUCCAUCGCACAGGUUCAGGAAUUCGCCUCACAAUUACAAGCCAUACUGACAAUUUUGAGACCUCUUGCCGACCUGCCCGACAGACUAGACCAAAUGACCACCGAUCUCGCUAGUCUGACUGCUAAGGUUGCCAAAUUGUCAGCGGCGUCAACGUCCUCAAAAGCGAUCAAACCUCCUCCACCCAUAACGCUAUCGCGACAUCGCUAUGAUCCUACAACGUGUGGCUCACCGCCUCGCUCAGACAUAGGACCGUUCGACCCUAUGACAGGUUUCCCACGUAGGCGUCCUCUCAAACGCGAAGGAGCGUUCGUCCUCAACUCUGUUGCUGCCACGAUCAUACAGGCCAAAUCUGUGGACCCACCCACCGUUUCUUCUCGUACCGAUCCUCUUUCUGCAGGACAUCUUUCCAUUAUCCCCAUGCGCCACUCCACCCCUGGACCUUCUUGCUCUGCCCCGGCUCCUGGCUCCCCUCUUGCACCAGUCCCUUCUUCUUCCUCCAAGCUCAAGCACUCUAAGCAUUCUAAUGCUACCUCUCACGGAGCCUUUGCUUCCGGAUCGACCGCCACUCUAACCCUUGGCACACUAGCAACCGGUUCAGACUCUGAGACAAUUGCAUCGGUCUGUGAUGCUCACAAUGAGGUGGACACAAUGCCGACGGCCAAGGGAAAAGGCAAGAGGCGUGCUCGGGAUAGAGAUGAUAACAAUGCAACGGUAUCCAGCGGCCCGUGUGGGGGUCAUGCUAGUGCAGAAGAUGACGACACGAGUCCGACGAAGAAGCGAAAAUUACUCGAGGAGAAGGCUGCCAAGCAGUCUGGGAAGAAACCUACCCGCUACAAUACUAGAGCGUCAUCGCGAGUCGAUCGAGGUCUCUCUUGA